AUGGGGAUUCUCUCAUGGUGGAAAGGCAACAAGGAUACUACUUCCUCCGGCACCGGUUCUGGUUCGAAAAUAACCGAGAAACCUGAGUCUAAGGCAAUUGUUUCAACGGAGAAAGCAGCCGAAGAAGUUCCCGGCAUGAAUGGCGCGGUGGAGGUCUCUCGACCUGGUCCAAACGUGGACGUGACAGUUUUUGAAUUCGGUUCUAUUGCCGCUUCAUCUGAUAAGGUAACUCUUGCCGGCUACUGCCCCGUAUCCGAUGACCUUGAACCCUGCCGUUGGGAGAUUCUGCCAGCCAGCGGCUCCGAUGCACCUCAAUUUCGCGUGGUGUUCUAA